CAAGCAUCAGUCUCUCAGCCAUCGAAAUGGGCUCCUCUUCUGGUACAGUUCAGCACCUGGUGGUGCUGGGGAUCAUCCUCCUGUCCACCAAUGCCUUUGGAGUCCACGCAAGAAAACUUCGGAUCCACAAGCUGGAGAAGUUGUCACAGGAAGAGGAGUAUCUGCACAGCCGCCUGCGCAUCGCCGAGUUUGAGGAAAAUGUGUUGAAAGUGAGCGGAGAACUCAAACUCCAUCAUCACCUCGACAACGACUGGAUGAUCGAAUUCAAGGUGUCAAGGUCCGUGGAUGGCGAUGGAAACUACGAGAGGAUAAUGCUCUUCGAAGUGCAGCUUUGCGACUUCAUGAAGACCUACUACAAGGAUUUCCUCUACGAACGGCUUAAGGAAUACUCAAAUGCCCCUCACCCCAACACCUGUCCUUUGCCCAAGGAACACUACCACCUGGAGGACUAUCCGCUGGACGUCCGUGUGCUGAAGAAACUAAUGACUCCUGGGCACUACCGUAUAAAGUCCAAGCUUAAAAACGAAGAUUCAGUCAUAUUAGCUUAUAUGGCCGAGGUGGAGGUGGACUAGCGAGUGUAAUGUUCACUUUAUUGCAGAGGAAAUAAACCUAUUCGUAGGAUCGCAUCUGCUUCAA